AUGGCAAACACAACACUGACAGAACCACUUCGAGGGUAUUGCCCUGCACCUUUCUAUGAUGUGUCACAGUUUGGUCUCGACGGCUUCAUUGAUGGAAGAUGGUGUGCGCCAGUGAACAACAUUAGGGAGGGCUUGACUUGCUGCUUGCCAUGCCCAAUGACAGAUUAUGUCUAUCCUGCUGACUUCAAGACUUGGCUCAGAGUAGCAGAAGCACUCAAUGUGGCUGGCCUGAUUUGCUUGGUCUUUCUGUUGGCCUCAUACACAUUCCUUCCGGCCGAUAAGACACGGCGACACUAUCUGAGCUACUGCCUGAUCAUUGCUGCAAUCUGGAUGGCACUCGGUUUUGUGAUACCAUUUGGGGCGAAGCCUGACCAGUGUUACGACGAGAUCACACCCAACGACAUGUACUCCAGUUUGACAUGUGCUUUCUCGGGCGCUUUUCUCAUUGCGGGAGGGUUGUCGAUAGCCGUAUGGAUCUUCAUCCGUGCCCUGUCCAUGCAUCUCCAGAUCUGCUGGGAUGUCACCCCCGGAAAGAAAUUCUUCUACUGGGCACAAGGCUUGGGCUGGUCGGUCGCUGCCGGAUUCUUCACCGUUACAAUCACCAUCACUGGAGUGUCCUUCAGAUUCGGCGAUGUUUGCCACGUCAAUGCUGCGCACUCGAUGUCAGACAUCUGGGGCCCUUUGUUGGCCAUCUCCGGGGCGGCCAUGCUCAUACAGAUAGCAACUUUUGUGUACUGUAUCAAGGUCUACCUCCAGAACAUGUGGAGCGAGGACAAGACCGAGACUCAAAGCAGCUCAGGCCUUCCUUCUUAUACGACUAGCGUGCGAACGCGCUCCGCACGUGCGGUCUACCGACGAGUCAGCAAGGUGCUCUGGCUGCAGUGGAGAGGAAUAACCAUCGUCGUUUUUAUCCUUGUCGAUGUCAUCUUCUUUUCAAUUGUCUUCGUCUGGCUGAACUCAACCACCACACACGCCUUGGAUGAUAUUGAUUCGAUCAAGCCGUUUCUAUUUUGUUUGAUUGCUCAUACUGACAACCUCGAUCCCUGCUUUGAUAUCGGGCAAGAUAUGGCCGUCGAUCAGAAAACGGUCAUUGCGGUGCUCAUGAUGCUCUCCAUUGCUGGUCUCCAAUGCUUCUUCUUACUGGUCCGUCGGUCCAUGUUCAGCGCAUGGGUUGAUUUCUUCAAAACGAAAGUCAAUAAAAACCGCGAAUUCGUCUCCCUAGAUGCAAAGCACAACGCAGAGAACCCGCGAAAUUACGAACUGAAGAACUUCGACAUGGGACCCUUGAAGUCACCUGAAAGCGCCAUCACCAGCCCUAGCGCUGGCAUGGAUUACGACCAUUUCCGUCCCGGGACUCCAGACUACUUCAACAAAGAGGCUCAACGGCAGUACCGGAGUCCGGAACAAAGCUUUUCGGCACCACGACCUCUUUCUCGGACUGCCACCCAGGUGGAGUGGGAUCCUAGGAGUACACAUGCAAGAGGAGGGUUGGGACUGCAUCCCCCGGGUUUUGCAGAGGACAAGUUUUGA